AAGUGCUGCAAAACUCCGCUUUUUUUUGUAGUUGGUGCACAUGAAUGCAUAAAGAAAGAAAGAACAUUUUUUCAUCAGAAUAAUAUAAAAAUAUGUAACUACAGCCGUAGCAAGAGCUCAACAUACUUUACUUGUACAGGUGAGAAGACCUUCAUUUACAGUACGACAGAAUGGGGGGUAUUGACUGCCAUUACCAACCCCGAGCCCUUCAUCGUGGCGCCGUCCCGGCACGACCUCCUACCUGAGUGGCCGGGCACAGCGCGCCGCUCCCCGGGCGUGGCUCGUUCAUCUAACGGCACUGCACAGCCCACCGAGCCCCGGCUUAUCACAAGGCGCUCCCCUCCUGUCCAUUGUACCUGGGAGUCCGCGGCUCCUCCCUCCAUCUCGCUAGGCUUUAAAAGCCGCCGAACUCGUCCGCCGCUGCCUGCUAGUGACCAGCUGUCGCCUGCGCCAUUCCCAACCCGAAGAGACACCAUGGCGUUCGUUCCUCCUCCGGGAUACCAGCCAAUAUACAACCCCACAUUGCCCUAUGCCGGCCCCAUUUCUGGAAACCUCCGUGUUGGGAUGUCCAUCUACGUGCAUGGGAAGAUCCCACAUCACAUCUCCAGAUUCCAAGUGAAUCUUCAGUGUGGCAACUACAGUGGCUGUGACAUCGCUUUGCACAUCAACCCCCGCUUUGACUUAUGGGACAAGGUGGUGUUCAACACCUUCCAGGGAGGAUGCUGGAUGUCUGAGGAGAAGGCGCAUAUGCCCUUCAGGAAGGGGGACGAGUUUGAGAUGGUGAUCAUCGUGAACCAGGAGGGCUACCAGGUCAACGUGAAUGGACAGAACUUCUACUUCUUCCAGCACCGCCUUCCAUUUGAGGAAGUGGACACCUUGGAGAUUGGAGGUGAUGUCGUCAUACAGACUAUCAACAUCAUUGGUGGAGGCUGGAGCGGAGGGGGUCAGCCAGGUUACCAGAGCCAGACGAUGAAUAUUCCCUCUUUCCCGGGUCAGCCAGCCUAUCAGGGUCAGCCAGGCUAUCAGGGUGGAAUGCCAGGCUAUCAAGGAGGAAACCUUCCGGGUGGAAUGCCAGGCUAUCAAGGAGGAAACCUUCCGAUUAUGGGUGGUCCAGCAAUCUACAGUCCGGUUGUCCCCUACAGCAAUAUGAUUCCAGGAGGUCUUUCACCCAAGAGGACCAUCAUCAUUCGGGGCAUGGUGCCUCCAGGUGCCAACAGGUUUCACAUCAACUUCAAGGUCAGCUACUCAGGUGAUAUCGUGUUCCACUUAAAUCCUCGCUUCACGGAAUUCAUUGUUGUAAGAAACAGCUUCCUGGGUGGCUGCUGGGGCCGAGAGGAAAAAGAACUGGAGUUCAAUCCCUUCCAGCCGGGACAGUACUUUGAUAUGUCCAUCCGCUCAGGCAACCAGCGUUUCAAAGUGUACGUAAAUGGACAGCACCUCUGCAGCUUCAACCACCGCUUCCAGGAGUUCCAGCAAGUGGACACUCUCGAGGUUGAAGGCGACGUCCAGCUCUCCUAUGUCCAGUUUUAGUCCCCCAAUAUGCCAGAGUGGGUUUGAUGUGCUCAACAUCAUUACAUAGAAGUGUCCACCCUCCAUUCAAAGAGACCUGACUACUCUGGUCAACAGAGUUGUUACAUUUCAGAUCUCCUGCUAUUUCUAAAUUUGUAACAUUAAAAAUGAUCUUGAUGAAUCUGUUAUUUCUUUUAAUAAAGUGAUGCUCAACUAAAUCACU